AGAAGGAAAGAGAUCGAAACUCCUAACUGUGUUACAAACCGUCACUCUGGAUGAUAAAGGUAUCUUAGCUCUCUUGUCCUAAGAAAGAAAAUAGCAUCCAUCAUCCAUGGGUGAGUGAAGGCAGAGAGAAAAUGAAAUUAUAAAACUUUGCUUGCAGGAAUGGAAGAGUUAAAUGUUGGAGGGGUAGAAGUCACACCCCUGGAGAGGUGAUAGCUGAUGCAUGCUGUGCUGCUGCAGAGGCUAACCACAGGAAUGGGAGAAACAGAGAAGGGCCCUAGAAGCACAUUAAGGAAUGAAAAAGGCCACAAUGUGAGGAGUCAGCAUCUUUAAUUACAAACAUUGUUGUGAGACACAAGAAAGGGCUUGAAAGUGUUGCAGGAUGUAGUGAAAAUCUCCAAUUACAAAGCAACAAAAUAAAUGUAGGAACCAGAGCAGAAGUAACAUUUAAGGAAGAUGGCAUAGGUAGGUAUUAGAAGAUAUUCAUACCUGUCUGAUAACCAAGCUUAACUGCCUUAACUGCUGAAUUGUAGUGUUGCUUAAAGUUAGCCUUAUAUUCUGCAUGAUCCCAUGGAAGGUGGUAAGACUUUUCCUUUAAAGGAAAGACAGGGAGAGGGUAAAAAUCUAUGCAUAAGUAUAACAACCUUGACUUAAGCUGCAGUGUAAAUGCUGCCUGGUUAUUAUUAAGAAGAGACAGAGAUGCAGAAAUGAAAGUGAUUGAGGAAAUUGAAAGCUGCUCCUCCUCCAGUUAGGAGUGGAGGUGGCUGUGUGGGACACAGCAGCUGCUCUGACCUCACCACUCUGGUUUGUGCUUUUCCCUGUCCCUGCCUCUGCUCUCUGCCUAAAUGCUGCUUCCCCUGCUAAGUAACAUGGAUAUUUCUAGGGUUGUGUCUAAUCCCAUUCACACAGUCUCCACCCAGGUCAUUUCCACCCAGGGAAUGCCAGCCAUUCCUAAAGGUGUCUCUCCAAAAUCCGUAGUGAGGAGUAGAGAUGUGUGUGGAUGAGAACAGGAGAUACUCUUAUUAUGUGAGGAAGGAAGCCUCUGCAACUGCUCUUUGUACCAGUGUCCAGAGUCAUUCCUCAGCCACCCUAAUGCUAAUAUUUGCACUCUUCUAUGGAGAUAAACAUUACAGAUGUAUCAGUUGCACAGAGGCACAGCGCAAAAUAUGCUCCCUGCUGGCAGGAGGCACUUUUGUUCCAUGUGGCAAUUCCUGAGACUACCCCCAUGCUGCCCUGUUUUUCCACUCUUGCCAAUAGUCAGCUUGCUGUAGCAACCAUUAGAGCCUUCUCAGCUCUGGCAGACCACUUCUUGACUUAAUAGCUGAUGUCAUGACAUCCAGACCAUUCCUCUCUCCCUGUUCCUGGAAGCUCUUGUUUUCCUGGCUGGUUUUGGGUGUGCUAGCUCCCUGCUUGUCAGAGUUUCUGUUUCCUUUUGGAUGGACUUUAGCACGUUCCACUAUGGGGGGAAGAAAAGGGGGAAACCCAGCCUUCAUGCUGCUUCAUCCUCCUCCACUCAGCUGGGAAUUAUAAGGUAUUGGGAAGAAUGCACUGCCAAUGGCACUGCUAACUAACCUAACUGGAAGGAAAAUUUAAAUUCCAAUUGGGCUGUCAAAGGCAUCCUUUCUGCUCAUUGCCAUGGGCAAGGGAGAAGGAGGAACACUGAAACUGUGUGUUGUGGUGCCAAAAUAGCUGAGGCUGAGCUUGCUGAUAACUGUGGGAAGGAAAGACAACUGAGCACUAGGGAGAAUCAGGGGGGCUUGCAGAUAAAAAGAGAAGGACUGGGAAUGGCUAAGGAGGUCUCAAAGUCUUCCUGCGUUUGAGUACAGCCUUUGAGAAGAGUCAGGCAGGGACCUGAAGCAGCAUGGUGGGGAGGCAGUGAUGGUGCCAUGGGCUGCACGGGAGCAAAGCCAGGGAAGAGGAGCAAGCUCUCUGGCUGGAAUGGCUGUGAGCUGGCAGAGGUACCUCUCUCUGGCCCCAGUUCUCCCUGUGCCCUGGGACAAACUUGUUCUCUUACUACUCGUGCCAUCUUCCUAGAUAUGAAAUAGGAAGUUAAGUAAGGAAACAAAGAUGCUCUGACAGGAGGGACAGAUGCCAAGAGAGGAGGGAUAAGAGUCCCACUGUCCCUGACACACCACGACCUGGAGUCCUGUUUCUUCAUUCUGGUUCAAUAUUAACCCAGCAGGGCUGUGACUCUGCUUAUUCUGCUUCCUUUGCAAUUCCCCUGCAGCCAGGGCUGUACAGCAUGGCGCAGACCAAAACCAGCAUACUGAGGGGCCUGCUCUUCUCCAGCCUUCUGCACCUCACCUUGAGCCAUGCUGGAGUUUUCCUGGAAAAGGGGCAGGCGUUGUCACUGCUCAAGCGCCACCGACGUGCCAACAAGGGAUUUCUAGAAGAGAUGCUUAAGGGAAACUUGGAGCGAGAGUGCUUGGAGGAGAUUUGCAGUUAUGAGGAGGCUUUCGAAGCCCUUGAAUCCACCGAUCAGACGGAUAUAUUUUGGUCAAAAUACCAAGUAUGUCAGGGCCUGGGAAAGGCCAGGAGAGUUCUGGAUGCUUGUCUAGAAGGCAACUGCGCUCUUGGGCUGGGCCAGAACUAUCGGGGAACAAUUAGCCAAACCAAGUCUGGGAUUGAAUGUCAAGUGUGGACAAGCAAAUAUCCACAUAUUCCUAAAUUUAAUGCCACCAUUUAUCCCAGCCUCAUUGAGAACUACUGCAGGAACCCAGACAACAACUCAGAAGGCCCAUGGUGCUACACCCGAGACCCAACGGUAGAACGGGAGGCGUGUCCCAUCCCCGUGUGUGGUGAAGACAGAACAACAGUUCCAUUCACUCCACGGGCCGCAGAACCUGCACCAACGGAACCUUGUGAACCAGAGAAAGGCAUGCUUUACACAGGGACUCUCUCAGUCACUGUGUCUGGAGCUAAGUGUCUACCAUGGAACUCUGAGAAAGCCAAAGAGGUGCUCCAUGGAAAACAAGUUGACCCAGAAGUGGAGCUGCAGGAGAAUUACUGUCGGAAUCCAGACAGAGAUGAUGAGGGUGUCUGGUGUGUCACAAAUGAAUCACCCUACUUUGACUACUGUGAUCUGCACUACUGCGACAGCUCGCUAGAGGAUGAGAACCAAGAGUCUGAGGGAUUAUCAGGACGUUCUACUCUUCCUAAAGGGUUCAAACCCUUCUUUGAUGAAAAAACUUUUGGUUCAGGUGAAGCAGAUUGUGGCACUCGUCCUUUAUUUGAGAAGAAAAAGAUAACAGACCAAAGUGAGAGGGAGCUGUUGGAUUCCUACACAGGAAGAAUUGUUAGUGGGGAUGAUGCAGAAGUUGGCAGCUCCCCCUGGCAAGUGAUGCUCUACAAAAAGUCUCCUCAGGAGCUGCUGUGUGGUGCCAGCCUCAUCAGUGACAGCUGGAUCCUGACUGCUGCUCAUUGCCUUUUUUAUCCACCGUGGGACAAGAACUUAAGUACAAGUGACAUAUUGGUGCGGAUUGGCAAGCACGUAAGAGCAAAAUAUGAAAAGAAUAAAGAGAAGAUUGCUCUGCUGGAUAAAAUAAUCAUCCAUCCCAAGUACAACUGGAAAGAGAACAUGGACCGAGACAUUGCACUUAUGCACUUAAAGAGACCCAUCAGCUUCAGUGACUACAUCCAUCCUGUCUGCCUGCCUACCAAAGAAGUUGUGCAGAGGCUGAUGCUGGCAGGUUACAAAGGGAGGGUAACUGGCUGGGGAAACUUGAAAGAAACGUGGGCCACUAGCCCCUCCAACUUGCCCACAGUUCUGCAACAAGUUAAUGUGCCCAUUGUAGAUCAAAGUACCUGCAAGGCAUCCACCAGAGUCAAAGUCACUGACAACAUGUUCUGUGCAGGUUACAGUCCUGAUGCCUCAAAGAGAGGAGAUGCCUGUGAAGGGGACAGUGGAGGACCUUUUGUAAUGAAGAACCCAGAUGACAACCGUUGGUAUCAAGUGGGAAUAGUUUCAUGGGGAGAAGGCUGUGACCGAGAUGGCAAAUAUGGAUUUUACACCCACGUAUUCCGCCUGAAAAAGUGGAUACGAAAAGUCAUCGAAAAUCAAGGGCGAUAGAUGAAGCAUUUACCUUGCCUGGUCUCAGUUUUGCUACAAUGCUCCACUUUGAAACAUAAGCAUAGAAGAUCCUGAAGUAAAACAAGUUAUAUCCUUACAACUUGAGAAAAGGAAGGUCUUAUCCCUUGAAAAUAAAAGCUCUGAAACCCAUCUUCUUCCUUUUAUUCAUGCUGAGUUUAGAUGCGGUUGUAUCUAAGCCAUGACAGUAGCCAGGAGUACCACAGCACUAGCUAUACUGCUAAUUACCUGUUGUGCUUCAAAUUCCGCCCCCUUCCAUCACCUACAAUCAACAGGUUUUGGACCCCACAUAAUGGCCUUGUCAGUCACAGCAAGCGAGAUUAUGCCCUCAUGCACCAUCCCCUUCCUCCCUUCAAGACAACUAAUAUUCUGUUCUAGUUUUUGAUCCAUGUAUGUACAAGAGAUAACCACCCUACAGUACCUGCAGCAUUCCACAAGACACCAAUGUCAAAAGUAAAGCAAUUAGAAGCUGUUUUGAUCAGACAGACAUUGUUCACACUACAACAGCUGGCAAUAAAUACCAGCACCACUGUGUGCAAUUCAUCCUACAAAGGAAUAGUGGCUUGAAUACAUUAAGCAGCACUUCCAGGAAGUUCCUACACAGCAGGUGGUGCCAGGUCCUCAUUGUGUAUUUUCCACCUGCACAGCAAAAUUCUGAAGGAAGUAAUUCGUAUAGUCAUUGACAAAACCUGCAGUGAAAACAUCCUGCACUAUAGGUGUUUGCUUAAGUUACAAAGGGAUCUCGCCAAAAACAAGCAUCAGUCUUUCAUAAACUCCUCUUUAGUAGGAAUUUGUGGACCACUGAGGACCCAGAAGUACAGCAGAGUAAACACAAAUUCUUGACUGGUCAAUUUUCUACUAAAACAAUAAUGACAUUUUUUCCCAAAUAAAGCACAAAAACCAACCUCUCAAUGAAAUCUGAAGAAAAAAACCUCAACAUCUCAGGUUUCACGACUGUUUAAAGUCAUUGAUAACCACAUAUAUUGAACACUGAAAAUAUUUAGCCCUUCUAAUGUUUAAAUUUUAAGCCUCACCCCUUCACUACUAUCAAAUCUGUGACAAAAGAGGGGAACCAGGACCAUACAGUUUCUGGAGAAAGUCACUGUUCAUAUUGACUUGUUACAAACAAUACAGAAGAAUAAUUUUUAAAAUUCAGUUUAAUGUUAUUUAAAUAUUGUCUGGGCUAAAGAUUAGGCUUUAUUAAUUUAUGUGCACAAGUUUUAGUUCAGAACUCCCAGGAUAUUGAGUCCAACCAAACACUACAAAGACACAGGGUAAAAACUCAUUCAUAAAAACAGCUAUAUCUUCUGCUACUCAAUUAUUCCUGUAUUUCACUUCUGAGUCAGCUUCAAAUUUAAAAUAGUUUAUGCAGGUUUGCAGGCAUUGCUGUUUUACAUCCUGAGCUAAUUAACAAAUAGUUCUUCAGAAUGUCUGCUGAAUAUGGUAAAGGAACGUAUGGAUUAAUUAAAAUGUCACUAAGCUUCAGAGAGCAGCUAGUAAUUGAGAGGUAGUGGCAGUAACUCUAGCCAACACAAACUAUUCACAAACUGCCCCGGUUUAAGUGCACAAAACCACAGCACUUACCAAUAAGGGCCAAACCUCCACUUGUAACAGAGCUCUGUUCCACAAGUGCACACCCAUUUCAGGUUAUGAGAGGAGACUAUGACUACUAAAUGGAGGCAGUGGAGCAAUGAAUGGCAUCACAUCAGUUAACACAGGAUGGAGAACGCUCGUGAUCACCUGCUAUCACAGUGUGCAAACUCACCAUAAGCACCAAGCAGCAUUAUGUCAACUGCAACCCCAGCCUAGGGGUCCUAUGAAAGGAAGAUUUCAGACAUUUGCAGAAGCUCUGGCAUAGAUCCGUAGUACAAGUACUAAUUUAAAGUCAUGUUUUUACUGUAAUCAGGCAAGACAGUUUCAGCAAUGGCUCUCAGGCAGAGACUGCUGGUCCACAUAGCAAACAACAAAAGCAGCAGUUACAUGGAAGAGAUUAAAAAUCUAGCAUAGAAGUGUGCUAUUUUAAGCUUCCCUGUCCAACCCUUCAAUAACUCUGUUCUAGCUAUGGAACAGAUGUGCAAUUUAUGCUACACAACCAGUUUUCACAUGGAAGUGCAGCAGUAAGGUGAAAAUACAUGACCUCCCUAGAAAUGAAAGGGCUAGAAAGGAUACGCAAUGUGUCUGCCUUAAAUCUUCAUUAUUUGGAGCUUCUGAAAAAGGCUCUUCACUAAUAAAAAAAAAAAAAA